ACAGCCAGGGGCCACAUCCCACUGCCUGCCCAGCGUCCAUCCAUGGAGGUGACCACCGUGUCCCCAUCUCCCACCUCACCCACUGAAGGGGACAAUCUCUGUGACAUAGAUGUCACCAACGUGGCCAUACACAGUGUGACACUGCUCAUCAGCCUCUGUGGGCUGGCUGGGAAUGGGGCUGUGCUCUGCCUCCUCAGCCUGAAAGACCGUGACAUUGGCAUCUUUGAGCUGGCUUUUGCUGACUUCCUCAUCCUGCUCUUCACAGUCCCCUCCACCAUCGUCUUCCUGGUGGAGGACAUGUCCUGCUUGCCUAUCAUGCCCCUGCUGUACUUGAGUUUCCUUUUACAGCUGUCUGAGGUCUCCUCCUACUGGGUGCUGCUCCAGCUGUUGCGUGCUAACAAGGUGGUUGUGAACUACACAGCAUUGAUAUACCACAUACUCUGCGGCGGCAACAUUCCCAAGCGCCUGGAGUGGUUGGUGUUGUGUACUGAAUACUGGGCCUUUGCUCUCUUCACUGUCAUUUCUGCAGUGACAUACCUGUGCCCAUCACACCAGCAGGAGCACUGCAGGGCAGCUCUCAUCUCUGUGUACGCCCUCUUCCUGGUCCUCUUUACUGCACCCUUGGUCAUUUCCAGCAUAACUGAGUUCAUUAGGGCCAAGCGGGGCUCCCAGAACCAGCAACUCCAGAGGCUCAAGAUGGUUAUCUCCCUCAUAGCGCCCUUCAUUUUCCUUCUCAGCCUCUGCAAUCUUCUGCAGCAGCUUGGCCACAUCAUUGUGUCUUCCCAGGUGGUUUUUCUGCUCAACUGCAUCCACAGUAGCAUCAAACCUUUCAUCUACUUCUUGGCAGGAGGUUUCCGGAGGCCCUGCUCCCUGAAAUCCCUCCGGCUCUCCCUCCAGAGCGUCUUUGGUGAGCCGGAAGAAAGUGAAGAGGAAGAAGGAUGGCUCUAGAGAAAAACAGAUCUGAGCGUGGUAAUCCCUUCCACUGCUCUGCUGAAGUACCCUUGCAGAGUAGCUCAGGCUUUCCUUGAGCCACGUGAUCAAUAAAUACCCACAGGAUGUCCCUGCCACCCUCUCUGGUGACCGCAGGGCCCUCCCCAGCUCCCCCCUCCUCUGCCCUGUCCUACCCCUCUGUAUCUUGACA